UUCAUAUUAUUUAAAAAAUAAAAAUUAAUUGAAAGAUUAAAACCCUAGUCUAACAUCUACGAAAUCCUUCAAAUUGCUGCGAAUACCACUGAACUUGGUGGUUGCUUCUGGAAUAACUUCACCGCCUCCUUGCUCCUCGCCGUUACCGCAUCGUCAAUUUCGGUUUUCUCUCUCUAAGACAUAAUUGCAAUUGAAGUUGGAGUUUCAGCUUAAAUGGCUGGCAGAGGAUAUGGUCGAGGAGGGGGAAGAGGCGGAUUUCAAAAGUAUACACGGCCAGAGCCAUUUGUACUUUAUCCCGAGGAUAUUAAUUUGCCUGAUGUUAAACUCGGCGAAAAGGAUACUAGUAUGAAACAGUUGAUUAAAUGGGAUUUAAGUUUUGAUAGUUAUUUUAAAGCGGCUCCUUAUCUCUUGGAUGACAUGGAAUUAAAAGGGCGCAAAAGGAUGCACAUAGAAAGAUUUUCUGACAAGAAGAAGACCAUGUUUACUCGAGAUUCUCUGUCUCAGGUUUUAUGUUUCGACGGAUUUGUUAAGGAGUUGGUUCCAGGUAAAUCUAAGCAGAUGCCGAGUCGGAAAAAAUUUCGAUGGAACCCAGAAGCUGAUGCGAAAAAAUUGGCAUUCUUUGAAGAACUAGAGAAAAAGUUCCUGGCACAAGAGGGUAAAGAUCAAAAGAAGAAAAAAGACGAAGAAAGUGAAGAUGAAGAUGAAAAUGGAGAGGGAAACGAGUCGGAAGACGAUUUUAACGAUGGUGAUUAUAAUCAGAACGUAGAUUAUGAUGACGAUGACGAUGACUUUAAUGAUGUCGAGGCUGGGAAUGAUGAAGAUGUCUAUUAAGAUAAUAUGGAGAAUGCUUGUUUUCUCAUCCUGUGUCUGCUUCUAUACUAGCAUGAUUAUUGCUUCUAGGCCUUAACUUGUCUGCUAUAAAAUAAUUUAGUUAAUUUAAUGAAACUAGUGUCUGUUUUCUUGUAAAUUCUUUGUUUAACUUUCUGCAUGACCAGAAUAAAUGUAGUUGAUUGAGUAGGUUAAUAAGUAAAUAUGGGGUUUGCUGAUAGAGAAGUUAAAUAAGGUUAGUUUUUACCA